AUGAACCCCUCUCCCGAGCCUCCAGACGCAGAGUCCUCUCGUUUCUCCAGCACAUCUACCACUGUGGAGCCCACUACUGCCACCGCCAAUGGCACUACCCCGUCCGCCGCGCCGAGGCAUGCUACUGUCCUGGAAAAGGCUACGGAGACCCAUGUAUUGAGCGGGCCAGAAGACAACUAUAACUUCUACGCCAAUGCACCACCGCCACUCAACUACUCUAUACGCGGGAACCACUCGCGAGAACGAGCAAUAGCCAUCUGGUUCGGGCUAUGGUUCACCGAAGCCGGGAUCCUGCCUCUCGUCCUAUUCUACGGCAUCCGAUGGGGCACACAUCUCAGCAUAACCAUUAACUUGGCUAUCAUCACUUCUCUCAUCGGCGCCGUUUCCGGCUACAAGAUGUCGCAGCGGACAUAUUUCCUAUGGAUAAAGAAGGGGCACGAGCAUCGGAGACCUAUCGGUGCGGGGAGAUGGGGAGUGGACUGUUGCUCAGUACUCUUCGGUAUCGCCGCGACCGCGUUCUUCGUACCCCUCAUCAUCGGGUCUUCGUUGAGUCCGGCAGAGCCUCGCGUCGUCGCAAUGGCGCUCCCCUGUAUAAUGAUAUCCAUGGGCAUUCCAUUGCUCGUCACCGGACUCUUCCCGCACAAACUCUCCAUCCCUUUCCGCUGCUCGUCCCUACCAGCUGGACGACCUUUACCGCCCAUCGCCUACAUGUUCGUUGAAGACAUCGUGGCAGUUGACGGAGGAGGCGGACAGGCGUUUCGCCAAGCCUGGCGUACGCGCUACGAAGAAUCCCGCAUCAUGCGCAAGAUCAUACGCGACGCCAGUAUCGGAUGGGGCUUGAGCGGCGUAUUGAUAGGUGGCGCUCUCAUCGCGAUAGGAUGGACGGUCGACCAGGAUACGGGGUACGGCCUUGGCUACGGUAUACCUUGGUUGUGGGGUAUCUGCGGGGCCCUCGGUACGAGCAUCGUCGUGCACUACGCGCUGAAGAAGGAGAGCGAUGAGUGGGUUGCUCCAAAGGUGCACAAGGAGCGUAUCUUGCCGAUUGAGGAGGGUCAGUAUGAUCGUCCAAGUCUGGAUGAGUUCAGGAGGCGCAGUAGCCAACGCGAUCGUGCGCGUCCGGGACCGGGUUUGCCCCCACUCGUUGAAGGGGAGCCGCUGGGGCCCAACAGCCCGCCGGGCGGUAUCAACUCAGUCCAACGAAAAGCGAGCGUACCCACACCGGCAAGCCAGGAGAAGGGGGAGAAACCGUCGCGGCUAAAGACACCUGCGCCGGCACACAUGCCCAGCCUUCGUUCUGCACCCGGUUAA